AUGAUCUUCGCCUCGCAAAGCGCAGACCUGGACCAAUCCGAGCAGGAUCACGCGAUGGGACUCUACCGCUGCCGUCUCGUCCACUUCCAUUACGUCCAGAAUACUGAGUGCUGCAACAAGCUCCACCACCAGGCGCUGUCGGACCCCGUGGCUAUGUUCAUCUACCGUCUUUUCGACCAAGCCCGUGCUCCAUGGGAAGUCGCUUUUGAACUCGAAGACCUACGCAAAAUGCAGGAGCUGAGCGUAAAGCUGCAACUAGCGGACGAGAAUUAUGAGGGGUGCCCUGGCUUCGAGACGGAGACAUGGGUGUCCAACGAACACUACGAGAUAGCCGUGGCCCUCGCCGGGCUCCUAAAGCUAAGGCUGUUGACAGAGGUACCGGGGGAAGUCCGGGCUAGGACUGAGGCGAACUGGUUCUUGAACGAUAUAGACGAAGAGCAUUACAUGUAG